CAGCAGCACACAAUGAAAUGGAAGAUACAUCACAUCAAAGUAGAAUGCGGCGGUCGAUAUGAAUAUUCUAUUUCAGAUCUUGGUCCAUUAGCUCAGUUUUCAACCGUAGGAUCAGUGAUUCAGUUCUCAAGGAGCGGCCAUCUCUCAUCCACCUCGUCCCAACCAAUGGCUCUGACUCCCUCAACGUUUAGCUUGUCUUAGCCGCCCGAUCGGAACAUAUCGGACGAUGCUCAUCAAUUCUUACAUCUGUCUGCAACUUCACGCACCGAUCCAAGAAACAACUAUCUCUUCAUAAACUCCCACUUAUUCUUCUUCUUAGUGUCUAGGUGAAUGACUAUUACAUAUAUUUAUAGACACUUGCCUACUCAAUGUGAAAGCGUGUAUGCAGGAUUCAAGCAACGGAUUUGAUGACUACCGAGAGAUUUUCUGACUCUGUUCUUCGCCUACAUGUCAAACAAGACAGCGAUAACGAGAUUGGAGAAAUACAUGAUCUAGAUGCGGGAGAGCAGUCGUUGACGGGAUCAGAAGGUGUUAAACUCUUAGGACAAGGUCAGAGACGACGCAGAGGGAAAGAACCCGCGGAGAGAGAGAGCAGUAGGCUGAAGAGGUUGCUUAGGAACAGAGUGUCUGCACAGAGAGCGAGGGAGAGGAAGAAAGUUUACGUGAACGAAUUGGAGAAGAAAGUGAAUGAUUUGGAGGCGAAGAACACUGAGCUUGAAGAGAGACUUUCCACUUUGCAGAAAGAGAAUCACAUGCUUAGACAUAUAAUAAAGAACACGUCGUCAAGCAGUAGCAGCCGUUAAGCAAGUGCCUAGUGGAUUCAUACAAACAUAAAACUAUCAGCCUCGAUUAUGUUUUAGAGUUAAAAAUAAAAAGAUUAUGUUCUAGAGUUUAUUUUGCUCUCUGUGCAGAUUAUGUGCUUGCAGAUUCCAUAGAAACAAAAAUAAUUCAUUCAACAUUUCAUCACUGAACAAUUGUAUGAAUUUUUUUUUCUCAUAAAGAUCUAAUCCGAUUGGAGUUUCUUA